AUGACGGCAGAAGAGACCAUCAACAUUAAGGAGGUGGAGAUAAUUAAGCUGAUCCUGGACUUUCUCAACUCCAGAAAGCUCCACAUCAGCAUGCUGGCCUUGGAGAAGGAGAGCGGAAUCAUCAACGGCCUCUACUCGGACGACAUGCUCUUUCUCAGGCAACUCGUACUGGAUGGCCAGUGGGAUGAGGUUCUCCAGUUUAUCCAGCCGUUGGAGUGCAUGGAAAAGUUUGACAGAAAAAGGUUUCGUUACAUCAUCCUCAAGCAGAAAUUUCUGGAAGCUCUGUGCGUAAACAAUGCCAUGUCAGCAGCAGAUGAGCCUCAAAAUCUGGAGCUAACCAUGCAAGAAGCGGUGAAGUGUCUGCACUCGUUGGAGGAGUUCUGCCCGACCAAAGACGACUACAGCAAACUGUGUCUGCUCCUCACGCUCCCGCGCCUCACCAACCACGCCGAGUUUAAGGACUGGAACCCCAGCACUGCCCGCGUGCACUGCUUCGAGGAGGCCUGCGGCAUGGUGGCGGAGUUUAUCCCGGCCGACCGGAAGCUGAGCGAGGCCGGGUUUCGCGCCAGCGGGAACAGGCUUUUCCAGCUGCUGAUCAAAGGGGUGCUGUACGAGUGUUGCGUGGAGUUCUGUCAGAGCAAGGCCACGGGGGAGGAGAUCUCUGAGGCGGAGGUGCUGCUGGGGAUCGACGUGCUGUGCGGGAACGGAUGCGACGACCUGGACCUCAGCCUCCUCUCCUGGCUCCAGAACCUCUCCCCCGCCGUGUUCUCCUGCGCCUUCGAGCAGAAGACGCUCAACAUCCACGUGGAUCGGCUGGUCAAGCCGGUCAAAGCCGGACACGCCGACCUGCUCACGCCGCUCAUCAACAAACUGUCGCCCUGCGCGGCGUCGCCCCUCCGUCGGCCGCAGUCCGCAGACACCUACAUGUCUCGCUCCCUCAACCCGGCGUUGGACGGACUCUCCUACGGCCUGGCGGGAAAGGAUAAAAGGAACGCGGAGGGGAACAACAAGUCGGCCAUGUCCCAAUCCUUCGCCAAUUUCGGGUAUCCCAACGGUCAAAACUCCUCCCGCAACGUGGCGGCGGAGAACAGUGUGUUUGGGGAAUCCCCAGACAGGUACCACACCCAGUCCGACAGGCUCCACAGCUCUGCUGGGCGUCCGUCCCUGGCGUCUGGGAAGGACGCAGGACCACCGGGCUCCGCUGAGAAGACGGAGGAGCAACUACAGGAGUAUCAGCGACAGCGCAUCAGAGUCCAGCAGCACCUGGAGCAGAAGCAGCAGCAGAGACAGCUAUACCAGCAGAUGCUUCUGGAAGGAGGAGUCCACCACUCCCAUGGCCCCGACACUCCACACAGCCUCACAGAGAAAUUCCUAAACAGGUCCAUUCAGAAGCUGGAGGAGCUCAAUGUGGGGAUGGAUAAUCUGGGAGAUGACGUACAAGCUCUGGCCCAGCAGUACAAUAAAACGCCAUCCGGAUCGGGCCCGCCGGUCGCCCCCAGCAACAAACAGACCCCCGAGGCCGGGCACGGGGGGGACGGGAGCGUGGUGGUCAGCAGCACCCCUCAGAGAGGCGGGGAGCGAGGCAUGCCUUCCCUGGACGAGUCCCCAGUCCUGGACUCUCAGAGUGUGCACAAGGAUGAGAAGUCCAAGUCCCAGUUUGUUGCUGUAAGUACGUUAGAGGAUACCCAGGCUGUGCGUGCGGUUGCCUUCCAUCCUUCCGGAACUCUCUAUGCCGUGGGCUCCAACUCCAAAACCCUGAGAGUCUGCGCCUACCCGGAGAACCUUGGCGUAAGCGCCCAAGGCCCCGCGAAACAGCCUGAGGUUCUCUUCAAGCGAAACAAACAUCACAAAGGCUCCAUCUACUGCGUGGCGUGGAGCCCGUGCGGACAGCUGCUGGCCACCGGCUCCAACGACAAAUACGUCAAAGUCCUGCCCUUCAACUCGGACAGCCGCAACGCCACAGGGCCGGACCUAGAGUUCAGCAUGCACGACGGAACCAUAAGAGACCUGGCGUUUAUGGAGGGCCCAGAGAGCGGGGGCGCCAUUCUGAUCAGUGCGGGGGCCGGGGACUGUAACAUUUACACUACUGACUGCCAGAGGGGACAGGGACUGCACGCGCUCAGUGGACACACAGGUCACAUCCUCUCUCUGUAUACCUGGGGAGGCUGGAUGAUAGCGUCCGGCUCUCAGGAUAAGACCGUGCGCUUUUGGGAUCUGCGUGUACCCAGCUGUGUGAAAGUGGUUGGAACAGCCCUGCAUGGCUCAGGGAGCGCAGUGGCUUCCGUGGCGGUGGACCCGAGCGGGCGUCUUUUGGCGACGGGACUGGAGGACUCCCGGUGCAUGCUGUACGAUAUCAGAGGAGUUCGAACGGUCCAGACGUACACUCCCCACACCAGCGACGUGCGCUCCGUGCGGUUUUCGCCCGGAGCACACUACCUACUCACAGGAUCAUAUGACGCCAAGGUCAUGAUUACUGACCUCCAAGGUGACCUGACAAAGCAGCUGCCUGUGACGGUGGUGGCCGAACACAGAGACAAAGUGAUUCAGUGCCGGUGGCAUAUGAGGGACCUCUCUUUCCUGUCAUCCUCCGCAGACAGAACAGUCACUCUCUGGGCGCACAACCCUUAA